AGCCUCAUCAAUUGUUGGAUACUAGAUCCUGGCUCAAACGCGCACAUCUGCAACAACACUCAAUACGGCUGGACCUAUCGACGCGACGCAAUGCCUGGAGAGAUCGUGUACGCUGGCCGCGAAGCUCUACCCAUCACUGGCUGGGGAGACGUCCACCUAAAGGUCAAUACACCUGCAGGACUCUCCACUAUCAAGCUCACACAUGUCGCAUACGUCGAGGGCUUUUUUGCCAAUGUACUAGGUCUCGCACGUUGCAGAUCCCUAGACAUCCACUUCGACUCUGGUAGAGACGCGCUAUACCAAGGAUCCUCAGAAAACGUCGUCUGCAAACUCACCUACUAA